GCGAGAGAAGCAGACAGAGAGAUCGCAGACACCCAGUUGGACCAACAAGCGCAGCACAGAAACAAUCAGGAGCAAACAAAGAUGAUGAUGAUGAUGAAGAACCCUGUCAUUCUGGUGACCUGCCUCAUGUCUCUCUCGUUUCUUGCUGUGCUGGCUUCAGAGAACAGCUUUGGUCCAGACAAGUGCUGCUUCAGGUACAUCUCCUACCGCCUGCCCCUGAAAAAGGUGCAGAGCUUCAAAUACACCGACACGCUGUGUUCGAUGGAAGGUGUGCUCUUCACGAUGAGGAAAGGUGCUGAAAUCUGUGCUGACCCAACCAUGCCAUGGGUGAAGAGAAUCAUCGAGGCCAAAUUGACGGGCCAGAAGGACAAAGUGAACAACUCCACCACACCAACACCCCAGUGAGCAGCUGCGUGCUCAUCACUGCACUGACAAGAUCAAUGAGCCAAGAGGAUAUGAUUGUGUACAAGUAUGAAAUAUUUAACAGAGUAUUUUCCUGUAUGGGUCAUCAAUAAAU